AUGGCUUAUUUAGAACUUGACGAGAUCUCUCAGGUCCUAUUUCUCCUCCUUCGAUCCCCAUACUUUGCACCGCUAGCACUGUGGUUCUUACCACACUUAGCUGCGCAGGGAGACAAGAGAUCGUUAUAUUACUUAUCCCACAUCAAGUCAAACUCGGCACGUCCGCUCCCUUCUUCAGAUCAAGCGAAAGACCCCCUUCAGAUUGUCAUUGAUGGUCAAAUGCUACAAGAUAAUGGAGAUUUGGAGAAUGCAGCACAGCGGUUCAAGGAAGCAAUGGAUAUGUCAAAACCCGUUGAAGCACCGUAUAGCUUUGAUGCUCUGUUUCCUACCAAGGUCCGUCAACCUUGGGAGGCCUACGGUUCAUUAAUGGAGACAUUUGGUAAACACGAGGAAGCAAAGGAAGCUUAUACCAUUGGUUCAACAGAGUAUGACCAUCCACGGGCGUACAGACUCCUUCUCCCAGAGCUCCUAAAAUCGGGUGACUUGGUCAAGUAUGAGGAAUAUCUUACAAAAGUAGCCAUGGGCAAUGACGUACUAGCUUGUUACCAACUCGGGAAUCUAUUCCUUACCCUACAUCUAAUGCACGAAGGCAUUGAAGGGGGGAAUGCUGCCCGAAACAAUGAGGAGAUGCUGCUUGUAUCACGGUAUGGAAAGGAUGAAAGUCGGCAACUAGCUGCUGAAUGGUACGAGAUCGCUGUUGCGGGCGGCCAUGCACGGGCAGCCCUUGUUGUGGCUGGGUUGCUACGGCAGCAGAACAAAGGGGAAGAAGGGUUGAAAUAUCUGCAAAUUGCGGAGAAAAGUUCAGACUACCCUGAAUUGGCUGCAAAACUGCGUGGGUCGUGGAAUGAUUCGCCGUUCACUUUUGAUUUGCGAGACUUAAUAAGGUGA